UUUCUAUUGAUAAUUGUAUGGCAGUUUGUUGGCAUACGCCAUCACAUAGGGACAAAAAAGUGCUAUUUUCAUAGAAAUCCAAUGUCAAAAUGUGACAAAAUAUAUUUGCAGUAUUAAUAUUUUACUAGUUGGGUAUAUAUAGAUAUGUCUUUUCACGCACAAAUAUUUUACGAUAACAAUCCAAAUGGUGUUUAUUACGCGGGUCAAGUAUUGUCCGGGAGGGUGGAAGUAUCUUUAACCAAGGCAAAAAAGUUGAGAAGUUUGUACAUGACAGUAAAUGGAAAAGCCGAGACUUCUUGGAAUGAGACAGAAUCUUAUACCGAUCACGAAGGUAAAUCUCAAACCCGUACUGUACAUUAUGGCGCGGAAGAAACCUAUCUUAAUUCUGUUACCUAUUUGGUAGGCUCUGAACAAGGUUCAGAAGUGCAGUUGGAAAGUGGUAAACACAUUUACAAUUUCAUGUGUGCUCUUCCUGCACUUCUACCUUGCAGUUACGAGGGUGGAACUGGUUUUGUACGUUACACGAUCAAAGUGACAUUAGAUCGACCAUGGAAAUUUGAUCAGACUUCUAAAGCGGCCUUUACUGUUAUAUCACCACUUGACCUGAAUUUAGAUCCUAGAUAUCGGUUACCAGUGAGCAGAGAAUCGACUAAAACUCUUUGGUGCGGUUGUUCUACCAAACCGAUGCGAGUGAACGUAGAAUUGCCACGUACGGGAUACGCACCUGGUGAAGAAAUUGCCGUCACUUGUAAUGUCUCCAAUGAGACCAGAGUGGACGUGGAGUAUCUUCACAUCAAAAUUACAAAAAUUGCUAAAUUUCAUAGCAGAAGUCCACAUAAAAUCAAACACAGUUCAACCGACUUGGUGACAGUAAGUGCUGAAGGAGUUCCUAGAUAUACUAAAACUUCGAUCACAAGAAAUAUUCAAUUACCUGUAAUACCUCCUUCAUUAUUGCACAACUGUAGUAUUAUAGACAUUGAUUAUGUUAUCAAGGUCAAAGCCAGUAUUCCUGGAUGUCACAGGUCAAUGCGUUUAGAACUGCCUUUCACUGUCGGUACUGUACCAUUAAGUAAUAGACCUGAACAACCAGAAAUAGGAUUCGCAAAUGUUGCGCCAUCAGCGCCACCAAUAACCGCGCAACCUGGUGCCGGCGCACCAAAUGAUGACUUACCUCCUUCAUAUGAAGAGUGCAUGUUUGGUGCACAGAGUAUACGCGAUAAUAAUGAUUCUCAAUACACAAUUGGAUUCCAAAAUUUUACACCUUUGUAUCCAGUAUAUAAUUCAAAACAAUAAUAUAGAUUAUAAUAU